UGUCAUGAGUUCUAGCUUUUCAAACAGACGGACAUAUAAAAAUUAUAUAGCUAAUGUCUCCAUCAAUAUCAGAAAUUUCUCUAGUAUUAUCGUAAUACAUAUUAAAGAAAAGAAUAAUAAUAAUAGUUACUUUGCUCUCUUUGACGGAUCCAACACUGAGUUACACGCAGACUUCACUCCAUUGUAAUCAAAGCCGGGUAUUCGAAAUAAAUACAUUGGAUGGGCAACAGACAAGUUGACUUUGCAUCAUCUUCGUGAUGAUACUAUGAUCGUGAUAAUGAUGUUGAUGUUGUUUGGACUUGAAUGAUCAUCAUGAUCAUCAAAUGGCCCUUUGCAAAUGUUAAAUGUUAAUGAAAUGCUUUUGUUUAACUCGGGCUGGUCUUCAUCUUCAUCUUCGAAGACUUGCGUCGAUUGCGUUGCUAAUUCGAAUCGUUGAAUCCAACUUCAUGAUGAGCUUUUACACAGCUGUUGAUAAUGCUGCUGUCGCUGCCUCUGCCGCUGCUUCUUCUUGUGGUUACAACUUGGGGAAUAUAAAAGCGAGCGCUGCUCCACGAAUUGACAUCAGUUGUGUUUGCACAGAAUUUGACUUUAGGAGUCACCAAUCGAAUCCAUCCAUUCUCCCACCCCCCACUACAAAAUCAAGCAGGAAUAGUAGUCAACAUGAAGGUCUUCGUUUGCAUGUGCGCUCUCUUUGCUGUGGCCAACGCUGGCUUCUUGGGUCUCCUUGGUGGCGGCGGCGGCGGCUCCAACAACAACGGCGGCGGCCUUAAGGCUGGUCUCAACCUGGGCGGCAAUGGAGGAGGUGGCGGUGGAGGAGGCUAUGGCGGUGGCUCUUAUGGCGGUGGCUCUUAUGGCGGUGGCUCCUAUGGCGGUGGACAUGGUGGCGGCCACGGUCCCGUCCAGGUGGUCAAGGUUAUCCAUCAGCAGGGCGGCGGCAGUUCCGAUGGCGGCUAUGCCGGUGGCUACAGCUACGGUCCCGCUCCCCAGGUUUACAAAGUGAAGGUUAUUUCCAGCGGCGGCGGCGGUGGCAGCAUCGGCGGUCCAGCUCCCAUCUAUAAUGGUCAUGGUCAUGGUCCCGCCUCCGUCAAGGUCAUCAAGGUGGUGCACCAGGAAUCAGCACCUCUGCUCGGCGGUGGCGGCGCCCCCCUCGUUGAGAGCGCUCCCCAGGUGAUCAAGGUUCUGCACGAGAGCUCGGGACAUGGCGGCCCAGGUCUGCAGUCCAUUGGCGGCGGCAUCUCUGCUCCCACCAAGGUGGUGCGCGUCAUCCAUGAGCACUCCACCUCCGGCUCCAUUGGCGCCGCUGCUCCCGCUCCCAUCUACAGUGGUCCCGGUGCGGCCCCCAUCUACAGCGGUCCAGCUGCUGCUCCCAUCUACAGUGCUCCCGCUCCCGUUUACAGCGCACCUGCUCCCGCUCCCAUCUACAAUGCUCCUGCUCCCGCUCCCAUCUUCAGCGCCCCCGCUCCAGCGCCCAUUUACAGCGCUCCAGCUCCCGCUCCCAUCUUCAGCGCUCCAGCUCCAGCUCCCAUUUACAGUGCUCCAGCUCCAGCUCCCGUGCUCGCUCCCGCUGCAGUUUACGGUGCUCCCAUCUCCGCACCCGCUCCUGCUCCCAUUUACAACGCUCCCGCCCCCGCUCCCGUCUACGCUGCUCCGGCUCCAGCGCCCAUUCAAUACAGCGCUCCAAUUGCCGCUCCAGCACCAGCUCCUCUCCAGUACGCUGCUCCCAGUGUCUCGGUAUCCGCUCCAUCGCCGGUGCUCAGUGUGCCCGAGUCAGCGCCCGCUCCCAGCUUCGCUGCUCAGGGACCAGUCCUGAGUCUGCCCGCUCCCGUUGAGGAGCAGCAGCAACAGCCGCUGCCCCUGGGACAUGCGCCCGCCCAGACCUAUGGACCACCACAGUUCUAAGUGGAGCAACCACAACAGCAGCAGCAACAACAACAGGAAGAAGAGUAGCAACUGCACUACUUCAACACACACAGCACAGGAGGCAAACUCACAACAGUUCACCAUUCAAAGUUUGUCUCCGAACCUAAUUUCGACUGCUACUUCAAAUCAAUUUUCACAACUCUUUCGAUCCUUCGACCUAUCCCACAACACACACACACACAACUCUUCUAAGCAACCUUAAGUUAAGUUAUUUCAAUUUUUUUUUAUAGUAUAUUUUUUUUGUUUUGGUUUUGUUACGGAAAAUUAAA